CCUCUCCUUUCAUGCAUUCUUAGUGACAAUUACACGCUCACACAUUCACACACAUUUAUAUCCAUGAAGACAUGCACACAUGCAGAGAUGCCUGGACACACGUACAUAUGCACACCCGCAGUACAUACGUACGAUACUGAGAAUAAAGUCCUACAUGAACGAGAAUAAAGUCGUAAAUUUACAAGAAAAUGUUGUAAAUUUACAAGAAAAACAGUCAUAAAUGUACAAGAAUAAAGUCGUAAAUUUCCGAUAAAAAGGUUGUAAUAUUAUGAGAAUAAAAUUGUAAAUUUACAAGAAACACGUUGUAACAUCACAAGAAUAAAGUCAUAAAUUUAUGAGAAAAAAAGUCAUAAUAUUACGAGAAUAAAAUUGUAAAUUUGUGAGAAAAAAGUUGUAAUAUUAGGAGACUAAAGUUGUAAAUUCACGAGAAGAAAGUUGUAUUAUUACAAGAAUAAAGUCGUAAAUUUACGAGAAAAAAGUUGUAAUAUUCCGAGAAUAAAGUCGUACAUUUACGAGAAAAAAAAGGAAUAUUACGAGAAUAAAAUUGUAAAUUUACAAGAAAAAAGUUGCAAUACACUAAGUCCCCAACUUACGAACACAAUUGGUUCCAGACGACCGUUCUUAAGUCGAAUUGUUCUUAAGUAGGGAAAAGGUAAUAUUAGCAAUGAUAUAGGUACUACAUGUACGUGUAUACAUAUACAGUAUAUGUGUAUGUAUGUAAAUAUGAGUUUGGAUGCAGUAGUAAUAUUAAACCAGGAUAAUUAAUGAAAAAAACAAUAAUAAAAGUGAUAUAAUAAUACGUAAUGAUAAAUGUUAUUUACCUUUGAAGAGGAGUGGUCCAGCAUACGUCGUUGUGGAGGAGGAGGAGGAGUUAUUGAAAAAAAGGACAAAUGGUGGUGGUGGUUAGACUCUUCUAAAAGAGGUAGUGUUCUGUGGGUGGUGUAGAAUUAAGCAGGCCUAUUAACUCUUCAUAAACUUUAAUCACACGCUCUGUCCGGGUUGUAUCAUUUAUCUUUCCAUUUAGCUUUACACUGUAUCUCCCCAGUCUAACUCUUCCUCUGUUGGUCCCAUUAGCUCUAAGGCUGCAUUAGCAGUGUCACAGUGCCCCCUACUGGUCAAGCAUGUACAGUAGCAGUAGAAAUACUGAUUGAGCGACUCCAAGGCAAAAUAAAAUAAAAUAUAGACCAGUCGGCUUGUGUUCGUAUCCGCGAAUGUUCGCUAGUCGGGUGUUCGUAAAUUGGGGACCUAGUGUAUUGCGAAAAUAAAGUCGUAAAUUUACGAGGAUUUUUUUUAAAUAAUCUGAGAUUCUAAUCUGAAAUUCUCGUAAAAUUGACUGCUUUGUUCUCGUAAAUUUACAACUUUAUUCUCGUAAAUUUAUUACUUUUUUCUUGUAAAUUUACAACAUUUUCCUGUAAAUUUCCGACUUUAUUCUCGUAAAUGUACGACUUUAUUCUUAGUAUCUCUGGGGGUUUUUUCAAUGUGGCCCUAAUACUCCGUGGUACUACAGUAUAUACUCCAUGAGUAUUUCAUUGAUUUGUUUAUGUAUUUAUUUGUUGUUUCUACAUGAACCAAAACAAGUCAGCAAUAUGAAUACUGCCAUUUGAAGUCACGCUACACGUGUCUAAGUGCAGCCUGGGGGCCAUACUCAGCCAGCCGCUCCUUGUUUGUUUGAAAUGUCCCUCUGCUUUCUGUACAAAUACACGUGCUAUAUUGUAUAUUUAUAUAAUUAAUAAGACUCGUUUGCAUCUAAUUUCACAUUUUCUGUGUGCCCUGGCUGGAGAACGUUCGGACAGCCCUGAUGUAACUUUAUUAGUCCCUUCAGUGUUCAUCACGUGUCUUGCGAACCACCACAACAAUAAAACACCUCGACGUCGUCUCUUUUGCGCUGCUGUCCGCCUGCGUAAACACAUAAGCUUUGCACACUGUGUCCCGACAAAGGGGAGCGUGGUGGCACACGAGACUCUGCUCCCGUGGGUGGAGAUUAGGGUUGGCGGGGGUCGAUCCAAACAUCGACCCCAUCGAUGCCACGGGUUGCAUCGGUAGUGGACUGAUAAUGGCGCGAGGUGAUGGAUAUUUUUCAGUUGUCACAAGCACGUUGCCGUGUGCAUGUUGUUACAUCGUUGAUAUUAUUUCAACAGUGUAAUUAGUUGUUUUGUACUACUGACUUUAAUUGGCUAUAAUUGCAUGAUUUUUGUUCAUAUUGUUAUCUUAUGUAUUUUGUUUGUUUAUUUUAAAAAUAUUUGCUUAAAAUCCUCAAAAUCACUCAAUGAUAGAUUUUGGGAAAAUUGUCUGUAAAAAAAAGAAAAGGAUCUGCAUCGGAAAUACUGGCCCAGUAUUUACUUGUUAUCAGAGCGAUACCAGGGUUUGCCGUAUCGCCCACGCCGAGUGGCGAUAGACCGGUCUGUGUUUAGUGUGCGUGCGCGUGUGCGUGUGUCACGGGAAGCAGCAAGCAGAGAGUGGAGGGGCGAGGCACUUGAAAGCACCGUCCAACACGUGAGCUUCAUGUGACUCGACUGCACAGUGUGUGUUUGGAGCCGAGGACGUGCCUGUAGUCACAUGACUUGCUCCACACGUAGGCACGGACUCACCCGCCCAUCACACGCACACACACGCACACUUAGCAGUCCACGGAAGCGCCCUGCUCAUAACAGUCCGCACCUAAAGGGUGACAACACACUUUGGAGUCCAGCUCUCAGGGGAUUUUGCGCGCAGUUGAAACGGGAGACACAACUUUGAAUUUUUUGUGCAUUUCUCUCACCGUGAAGUGCGACGACAGACACACGCGUGGAUCGUUUUUAUUGUCCAUAUAUUUUUAGUUAUUUAAGUUUUUGCAUCAAUAUGGAGGGGAUUACAAGGGCACAACCGCCGCCAUGUGUGUCCAAACACUCCUCGCUGGAUAUGACUGACAUGCAAGGAAUGGAUUUUCCGAUGUACGUGUAUAAAUCCAGGAGGGGUAUGAAACGCGGGGAUGAGAACAAGGAGACUUACAAGUUGCCACAUCGAUUGAUCGAAAAAAAAAGACGGGACAGGAUCAACGAAUGCAUCGCACAACUGAAAGAUUUGUUACCGGAGCACCUCAAGCUUACUACGCUGGGUCAUUUGGAGAAAGCCGUGGUGCUGGAGCUCACUCUCAAACACGUCAAAGCCUUGAAUGCCCUGCUGGAGCAGCAGCAGAAGAAAAUCGUGGAGCUGCAGAGCAACCUGCAGAUAUGUGACCAUGGCGGUGACAGCACGGAGAUCAGUGAGCAGAUGUUCCGUUCAGGUUUCCACCUGUGUGCAAAAGAGGUCCUCCACUAUCUGGACUGCCAAGACCGCGGUCGGGACCUGACGCCUUCCAGUGUCAUCAGCCACAUCCACAAGGUCGCUUCUGAGGUACUCCACCAGCAAAGCGGCGCGCACACCGGCGAGUCCUUCCCUCAGAGCUCGGAGAAGCUGAAGCAACAUGCAGACGAGCCCCCGAGAUCCACCGAGGGCCCGGCUAAGAACUGUGUUCCCGUAAUUCAAAGGACGUACCCCAAUGGGAUGGGGGAGCAGAGCGGCAGCGACACAGACACCGACAGCGGCUACGGGGGCGAACAUGACAAACGCGACCCAAAAGCCCGAUGGUCAGACAGCCACAGAAAGGAGGCGGAGCUGAAGCACACUUCUGCGUCUGAGAGGACAGCCGAUGGUGUCAAGCACGAGGGGGAUGAGCCUCGGGCCAAGCGGUCUCGGUCUGACUCUGAGGACGAAAAGCUCUCUGGUCCCGCAGCCGGAAGCCCAGGCAGCUACAUGGCUUUCUCCCCCAACCAGCACCCGCUCUGCCUCCCCUUCUAUCUCAUCCCUCCAGCAGCCGCAGCCGCAGCAGCAUACCUGCCCAUGGUGGAGAAGUGCUGGUACCCAGGGGGCAUGCCAGUCAUGUACCCAGGCAUGAGUGGCUCCCCAGAGACACUGACCCCGUCUCCAGGUCCAAGGCAGAUCCCCGCGGACUCACUUGUCCUUCACAAAGCUUUAAAACAGACCCCCCCUUUAAACCUGGAAACCAAAGAGUAAAAGAGUCACGCCCUCUGAAUGUUAUUGGAGUUGGAAAACGGGCUUUUCACUGAACUCGAUAUCGUCAACCACCGUCUUUCUGCUCCUCAGAUGAAACGUGGCUUUCACGGGUCGCGCCUGCCUGUCGCGUGGCUCUGAAACACUGUGAAACUGUCGGAACGAGUUUUGUAGCAGAGACCAGUUUGUGUUGAAUGUCAGAGGUUCACCCAGAAUGUAAGGGACAUACAAGCCCCCACACCCCAACAACAAGACCUAUAUAUUGCACACACAGCAGUUUAUCAUGAAUGUAAUGAUUCAACGACAGCCCGUGUCCUGUAGAUGCUGCUGGGAUUCACGUGUGGAGCUGUGAACGAUGGGCCUCCUGAUCUCGUGUUUGUGUCUCUUCUAAUGACAACAAAAAUAAUAAUUCCAUUUUGUGUCGAACACACACAGUCAUCCCUGGAGAUGAAUGAACUUGUGUUGGCGAAGAAUUCAGGGCGUUGUCACCGUACGAGGUGUGUCACUCGUGUCUGCUGGAGUGAUCGUGCAUACUUUCAUGACGUCUCAGUGAGUUUAGGUGUCUUUUUGUUGUGAAGUCCCGGUAAACGGUAAUGGUCAUGUCCUUAUUUUGUCUCUACUACUCGCACAUCUCUAUUUUUGAUACGUGACCUAAUGAGUGUAUUUGCUACCAGGGGAGGGCUGCGGUAGUCAUGUGCUGUAUGCCAAGCGUGUACAUAGAAGCUUUGUUUCCACCCUCAAAUUCCAGAUCAAGCUCAGCCUGAUCGCCGCUCAUGAUGUUGCCUUUUUACUUAUUUAGUGCACACACUGAGGAAUGACUUUUUAACUAUUUGCUUGACACGUGUCUGCCGCAGAGAGAGUGAAUGUCAAGUUGAAAAUAAAAACAAUAGUUUUAUAUAGAGAGAUGGUACUUGGGGAUUUUUUUAUUUUCAAAUGUAACAUGUUUGAUGUCCGCAUUUUGUAAAGUAUUAUUAAAGUAUUAAUAAAGCCCUUUUUUCCCAGUCUCGUGGAAUUCGCCGCCUGUUGGUGUACGUGUCGCAGCCAGCCACCCUGACAGCUCUCCAGAACAACACGUGCUUACAUAAGACUUACAUAACCCAUAAAGCAGCCGAGCGGCUGUAAAUCAGCGGCGCGUCUUAGAUUGCAAGCUGUAAACAUUCUCCCAUUCAGAAAGACGUCGAAGAGAAAGUUUAUAGGAUCCUUGGCAGAAAUGCGGAAUCCGUAAAUCGUAUCUUACUCCUUAUUGUGGUUUAUUUUAAAAUGAGGAUUAACAUCCUGAAAGCCCUGCUAUUGCUUGUAACUUUUAUGGUAACGAUCGUGCUGUAGUUGACGUAUUUCCGACAUGCAUGCAAGGUGAAGUACAACACAUGCUUACAAUGACAGAAUAUUUUUUGGUAAUAAAUACGUACUGCACAGCAUAUUUGAUACAUAUUCCUUAGUUGAAUCAUAAUAAUACAUGAUACUGUAAGACAAUGGGUAAGAAUCAGGGUAGUGACAGCAAACACUGUGGCUUAGCGUUCUUCUUCGUCCUUAAAUAAAAAAAAAAACUUUUAUAGUGUUUCUCGGAAGUCUCCUAUCAGUCCUGCACAUUGCUUUGAGUUCUUUACUCAGUCCGUUCCUUAUUUGAAUACCAUACACUGAUUUGCUAAAGGUUUUUAGAUUUGUUCCGCACACAAAUCUUUUAAAAUGUAGACGGACAA